AUGCUUAGCAUAUAUGUGAGGACGACGUCCUGCUGUUACACGGGCAUGUCCUUCUGUGCUGCAUAGCUUUUGCGCGUAUUGCUGCUCUGCUUCUUCGCAGUGCAAUACGAUAUACACUUGACGAUAGACGUCCGGCUUUGGACGUCUGUUGACGUGAGCAUUCCUCAUACGCUUCCAUAGCCUCAGUCCAUGACCACGACCAUACCAUACCACUCACUCCACCAUGGCGAAGCACGUCUCCGACGAGCCCGUGACCUCGGUGCUCCCGGGCGGCGACAUCCCCUUCUCCUCCACACAUGAGUUCUCCGCCGACGAAGAAGUCCUCGCCGCGCUGGGCUACAAGUCCGAGUUCAAGCGCGAGUUUUCGCUCUUCACAACCUUCUGUGUGUCCUUUGCGGUCCUCGGUCUCCUCCCCAGCUUCGCCUCCACGCUCUUCUACGGCAUGGGGUACGCCGGGACGGCCGGCAUGACAUGGGGCUGGGUGAUUGCCAUGGUGGGCAUACAGAGCGUGGCGUGCAGCAUGGCGGAGCUGUGCUCGUCCAUGCCGACCAGCGGAGGCCUGUACUAUGCGGCUGCGGUGCUGGCGCCGCCGGGGUGGGGGCCGUUGGCGGCGUGGAUUACCGGGUGGAGUAAUUGGCUAGGGCAGGUCACUGCGGCACCCAGUGUAAACUACGGCACCGCCGCCAUGAUCCUCGCGGCAGCUUCCAUCCAGAACCCGGAUUAUGUCCCGACAAACUACCAGACCUUCCUGCUCACAACCUUCAUCAUGCUAAUCCACGGCGUCAUGUCCUCCCUCCCUACCAAAACCCUCGCCCGCAUCAACACCAUCGGCUCCACCUUCAACAUCCUCGCCCUCAUCGUGGUCCUCAUCCUCAUCCCAGCGGGUACAGACCGCGAAUCCCGCGGGCUGCCCAGGUUCACCUCGAGCAAGGAAGUCUGGGGGGAUAUUUAUGCGGGGACAGAGUUUCCGCCCGGGAUCAGCGUGCUGAUGAGCUUUGUGGCGGUCAUCUGGACGAUGAGCGGGUACGACAGCCCGUUCCAUCUGGCGGAGGAGUGCAGCAAUGCGAACAUUGCAAGCCCGCGCGCGAUUGUGCUGACAAGCGCCGUGGGCGGGACGUUUGGGUGGGCGCUGCAGCUUGUCGUCGCGUACACGGUGGUGAGCAUCGAUGAUGUAUUGGGGAGUGAUCUGGGCCAGCCCUUCGCUGCCUACCUCAUCCAAUGCCUGCCCCAGAAACUGGUCCUCGCCAUCCUCGCCCUGACCAUCAUCGCCGGCUUCAGCAUGGGCCAGGGCUGCAUGAUCGCCGCGUCGCGCGUGACCUUUGCCUACGCGCGCGACGACUGCUUCCCCGGCAGCUCCUACUGGAAGCAGGUCCACCCCAAGACGCUGACGCCGGUGAAUGCGGUCUGGUUCAACUGCGGCAUCGGCAUCCUCAGCCUGCUGCUCAUCUUCGGGGGCAGCGUGGCCAUUGGCGCGCUGUUCAGCAUCGGCGCCAUCGCGGCCUUUGUCGCCUUCACCACCCCCAUCUUCAUCCGCGUCUUCUUCGUCGGCGACCGGUUCCGCGCGGGGCCGUGGAAUCUCGGGCGCUUCUCCCUCCCCAUCGGCGCGGUAGCAUCGGGCUUUGUGAUCCUGAUGGUCCCGAUAUUGUGUCUGCCGAGCGUGAGGGGGAAGGAUUUGACAGCGGAGCUGAUGAACUGGACGGCGCUUGUGUACGGGACGUUGAUGCUGGGGGUGCUGGUGUGGUGGGUUGUGGAUGCGAGAAGGUGGUUCAAGGGCCCGAAGGUCAAUGUCGAGCAUAUGAUGUUGGGACGGGACGGGGCGGAAAGGAGUGGGUGUCAGUAG